AUGAGUACAAUCUUUCCUCUGGAGACACCCUCUCAGAAAGCCGUUGUUGCAGUCGCAAUAAUCUUCAGUAUACUCCCGGCUACAGCAGUUGGGCUUCGAGUUGUGGCCAAGCGGAUCGUUCACCGCGGUUUGGACUGGAGUGACUAUCUGAUAGUCGCAGCAUCGGUUGUGGUGGGCGGCAUGGGACUACACGUCGAGGAUGUCAGGGAGACGUACGGACCAGAACCCAUCGCGAUCACCUUCAAGUUAUCCACGAUUCUGGUCACUUUUUCCAUCUGUCAACCUGUCGAGAUGAACUGGAACCCGCUUACCCCAGGGGGUCACUGCGGCAAUCGAAUAUUGUCGUUCCGCCUCAUCGGUGCGGUAAAUGUCAUUACAGACUGUUUCAUAUUCAUCUUGCCAGUGAAAUAUUUGAUCGCCCUCCGCAUUCAGCUGCAUAGGAAGAUUGUCCUAAUUGCAACAUUCACAUUGGGUCUGUUCACCUGCAUAUUGAGCAUAGUCCGGAUAGUGAUACUCUCCGAAGUUGACUUCACAGACGUCACACACAGUCUGCCAGACCCAGUUAUCUGGAGCGGUCUGGAACCCAGUGUCGCCGUGACACUGGCCUGUAUACCUCUCUUGCGUCCUCUUAUUCGAAGACGGACUUACUCGCAGCAAGGAUCAACGACGCGUCCUACCAUUCAAUUGAGCUCAGUAAAAAAUGAUGGGACUUUGGACCAGAUGCGCGGGAAUAAUUUAUCACAAUUGCACCUGACACCGCAAGAAGUCCAUGCAUCAUGCAAUGAAAAUAUCAAAAACGAUGCCGAAGUUUGA